AGGCUUGUCAAAGAUUCGGUCAAUGAUAUGCUCUUUGAUGAAGAGCACAUGAACCUCAAUCCGACGCGCUCAUAUGUGACAGAGCGCCUUCUAGCAAACUCCGGCAUUCCUUUUGGCACAACGGCAUCCGGAAAGCUCAAGGCCACGCUCAAGGACCUGAAAAUCCCGCAAACGACCGAGCGCCGUUUCAACAACAGGAUUGGGAAGAUCUACUCGGCGUGUCAGUACUCCCUGCGAAGGACACCUUUACGCCUGCUGGUCCCCAAAAGGGGGAAUGACGGAAAGGUCACAUUUCAACCGGGAAAGGAUUUCGCGGUUCGUUGCGAGGAUUACGUUUCCAAAAACUCAGACAAGGAACUUGGGAUUUAUUGGCAUGUUGCUGAUGGAGAAGCGUUCUCAAGCCCGGCAUUCCUGGAGUGUGCUCGAUUGUUUGUCCCACAGAGCUACGACCCGCUGCUGCCCAUCGGCCUCUAUCCAGUCCAGCUUAUGCUCAUCCUUGCGGUG